AUGGAAGUAGAAAGUCCACGAGCCCAUGCAGCCAGAAUUAUAAAAGCAACAUUUUUACAAGCACUGCAGAAUAAUGACUGUAAAACCCUAAAGGAAAUGUUGAGGAAGAAGAAGAUAGAUGUUGAUACCGUUUUUGAAGUGGAAGAUGAAACCAUGAUUUUGGCAUCUUAUAAACAAGGUUACUGGCUGCCAAGUUACAAACUAGGGUCAUCCUGGACAACGGGCCUACACUUAGCAGUGAUGUUUGGUAAUCUGGAGAGUAUGGCAGUGCUACUAGAUCAUCAGGCUAAUAUAAACUAUCAACCAAAUGGGAAAACACCUUUACAUGUUGCCAUUGACAUGAAAAACAGGGACUGUGCUAGCAAAUUGUUACAUCAUGGAGCUAAAGUAAACUGUUUUUCACUGAGUGGAUAUGCACCACUACAUUUAUGCAGAACCAAGGAGUCAAUUUCCUGUGCAAAACUGCUGAUCUGGAAUGGUGCCAACCUGAAUCUACAGGCUAACAAUGAUUAUCAAGAUACCCCACUGCACACAGCUGCACGGUUUGGAGUACCCGAACUUGUGGCCCUUUACAUCGACCGUGGAGCAGAUGUUGACAGUCUUAAUGUCUACAUGGAAACACCACUUAUUACAGCAAUUUACUGGGCUUUAAACAUGAAGGAACAACAAUAUAGCACAAACCAUCAUCUGAUCUGCAGAAUGCUUAUAGACUAUGGAGCUUCUGUGAAUGCUCGAGAUCGGGAUUACAAAUCUCCACUUCAUAAAGCAGCGUGGAAUUGUGACCAUCUGCUUCUGCAAAUGUUGUUAGAAUCAGGCGCCCGGGUUGGGUCAAUGGAUGUCAAUGGCUGUGCCUCUCUUCAGUACCUUCUGAAGGUCACAGGGGUACGUCCUGCAGCAGAACCAGAGAAAUGUUAUCAACUGCUGCUAAACCAUGGAGCUGCAAGGGUUUACCCUCCACAGUUUCACAAGGUACUACAAUCAUGCUACACCUGUCCAAAAGCAGUGGAGGUUAUGAUCAAUUCAUAUGAAUCCAUUCAAUCCACACCAAAGUGGAGACAAGUUAUACCAGAUGAAGUCCUAGAGCAACACUGGGAGUUUUAUAAAUCUCUGUUUGAUGUCUGUGGAAGAUCUCCACGUUCUCUGAUGCACCUGGCUAGAUGUGCUAUUCGAGCAGUGUUACAGAAAAGGUGUUACAAAGCAGUGCCAAAACUUAACCUUCCACUUCGACUUAAAAAGUAUCUUCUAUUAGAACCAGAGGGUGUGCUCUACUGA